UUAUAUCAUCUAUCGUAUGGAGUGCAACAGGAUGCUUAAAUAUAAUAUUGAGAACAUACAGAUAUGAUGGCGGAGUGCUUCACUGUGAUUAGGGCAGAGCAGCUAAUAGUGUCAGAAAAGAAGGAUCUAGGAAAUCCAGAAACUGUUAUUAUUCAUGUAGGUAUGAAUGACUUGCCAGCAGCAAGAAAUCGUUGAUUCUGUGGUGGGUGAGGUGUACCUGCUGGUGGCUACAGCAAAGGGUAAAUGUCUGAACUGCAGACUUGACCUGAGCGGGGUAUUAUGACAUAGAGAUGUGUCAUGGCAGCAUAUUGGAGCUCUCAGUGACAGAUUAAACUGGAGAGCAAACACCUUAGGAAUUAUCUUUGUGGAUCAGAAUAGCUGGAUAGAGGAAAGGGAUUUUGGUAGAGAUGGGCUGCACCUAAAUGGAAUAGGGAGGAGUUGACCUGGACAACUGUAUGCUAUGGUUAGUGCACUGGAUAGUGGUGGAUCAAAAGGGCGAAGGAGUGACUGGUGGAUGAAAUUUGCAGAACUAGGCAACUAGGAAAUAGCAGCAUUCACCAAUCAAAGAAAAGACGACUUUACACGAAAUGGGGAUUAAGGAAGAGUAACUUGGUUAGUGGGAAAACUGAAGCUAGAACACGGUUUUAUGCUGUAUCUGCAGAACCUGCAUAAAGGGGUAAAGGUACUUGUGCUGCAGGUUAACUGUAGGAGUAUUUAUAACGAAGUUUUAAAAUUCUGGAAUUUAGUGCACAUGUACAAUUCAGAUGUUAUUAUAGGCAUGGAAUCACGGCUAAAAGACGAUAUUAGCAGUGCUAAGGUCUUCAGAGCUGACUUUACAAACUUCCGACGAGGUAGGUAUGAUCGUGGUGGCGGAACUUUUGUGCCAUAUUCCUAUCGUGGUGUAUGGGGGGUUAAUUUAAGCUGUAUAAUUUUAUAUAUUUUUUGCCUUAGACUGGUUUGGCAUAACACCGCUUUCAAUUAAGUGAAAAUUUCUUUUAUACGGCCCAUCAUGCAGUAAAUUUCUAAGGAGCACCGAAAACUUCUCCCAGGUUUUACUAAUCCAACGGAACUAGCACGAUACACUAAGUACCUAUCACCUCUGACCACUAAUAUGGCGGAUACCGGAAAAAUAUUCUUUUGUUUGUUGGUAUUUUCGCGCUAAAACAUCCAAACUUUUGGUUCAUGUUUUUUAAUGGUAACUAUAGACGUGUUUUUGCAAGUAAACGAAGAUGAGAAAUGGAUGAUAUCGAAACAGUAAUCAGCGGUCUCUCAGAUGGAGUAGAGAUACUCCAAAAAAGUCUUCAAUGCGCUAUAUGCCUAGAGCUGCUGAAGAAUCCAGUAUGUACAAGGUGCUCCCAUUCUUUUUGCCGGGAGUGUGUAAUGACAAUUAUAAAUACAAAAAGAAAUGCCCAUUGUCCUUUGUGCAACAAGUCAAUUAACAGAAGAAGCAUUAUAGAGAAUGAGAAGAUUGGAAAACUAGUGGGAAAGGUCCAAAGUCUGAUCGAUAGCAUUGGAAGGGACACUGGAUUUGAUAUUACAUCACAUAGGAAGCUACCUUCUUCAACAUGUGAAGCAGUCAUUGCUUCUCCAAAAUUUCACCAGAAACCCCAAGAAAUACUUAGAACACAGUAUGAAGCGUCAUCUCAGAAGGUUACCAACCCUACAGUAACUACUUCUAAAGAACACUGGUUGAGAAGGUAUAAACAUUCAUACCCAGGAAAACGUGACAGCAGGGAUGAUAAUGUAGACUUUUUAUCUGUCAGUCAGGCUGAACCUCCAAGUUUCAUAGCUAGAGACAUAGCAUUACUUGCGGAGGAGAGUAAAGUUGACAAGCUGAAUGUUCCACCCAUGGAGAAGGUUCAGCAGUGGUUGCAGAAGAAUGGAGAUGAGUUUCAUAAGGACACAGUAGAGCCUUCUGAAUCAAAUAAUGUUACAAUUACUGCUGAUGUUCAUAGAGGUAUGGAAGAUGAGAUAGAUCUAGUAUCUGUCUCACAACGACAGUUUUACGUAGCCCCAAGGAAAGCAGAUGUGGCAGCAUUUCAGAGCCCUUUGGCUAGUUCACAUGACAAUGUGAAGCAAGCUUCCAGUGAGAAGAGAAUAUUUACUUCCAGGAUUGACAAUGGAAAUAAUAGAAAAUUAUGUGAAAGAGUCAGAGAGGGUCAGAGUGCUGAAGGUGAUCCAUACACAUUUGUUAGUAGUCAGAAAAUAAGAACAGUGCCCAAAAAGAAAGUGAAAGGUAAAGUGGCAGUUAAGGAAAGAGAAAGUAAACAUUUUCAAACAUGUGGUCCGUCUUUUGAGAAGGGCAAUAAUACAAGUACUGGCGGAAAGAAUAAAGCUACUUGUAACAGUCCUCCUGUAUUUGAUAUUACAUUCAUAUGCCCUGUUGACAUCAAUGAUACAUUUGAUAACCUUGUAGCUGAUACUUGCAAAUCUGAACCAGCAAAAACUGUGGAAGCAAUAGCUAGAAAGGUAGCUACUGGUGAUGACAGCAGUGAUGAUGAUGUAUGUCUAUUCAGAACACCAUUAGAUGUUCCAUUAAUGUACAAGAAUAAUGAUGGAAGCACUACAGAAUCUAUGAGUGACAUAGAUUUUUCUUCUGGCAGUGAUGAAGAGUGGGGAGUAACCAACCAAGUGAAUCAAGAACUUACACAAGUGAGUAGGAGAAAAACUAGGGGCAACAGUUGUGGUAAUCUUCCUACUAAAGUAAGAGAGACCAAGAGUAGCUGUGGACAGAAAAGCAGAUCAAAAUCUAGCGGAAUUUGCCCUAGGAGGAAUGGAAAGUUGGAGGCUUUUGGUUUUGGUUUCAAAGAGGUCAGUAAACAUAAUUUGCAGAAUGAGGAUCAUGUAAAGAAUCCACCUCUUAGUCCAGCUAAGAAAUUAAAUCUUACCACAAAUAUUGUAGAUUUGGGUACUGAUAAUAUGAAGCAAGGACCUUCUAUUUAUAAAGACACAAACAAUAAAUCAAAGGAUGAAUAUGUUACAUGUUUGUCAUCAGAUAAGGCACCCACUGGUAAGGAAAAUGUUAUUUGUCCAGUAGCUAAUGACUUUGUUGAUGAGAAAAUAAAUUUAGAUCACCCAGCUGUGAACACAACUAUUUGUUCAUGGUCACCAGGCUGGUCUCGCAUUUCACAAUCAAAAAAGGAUUUUGAGAGGUUUAAAAAACCAGAACUUAAAGCACUGAAUGUGAGCGGAGGUGAAGUAUGUAUACCAAAGAGGCAUUCAGCAUCAGUAAGUGAAAUACCUAAGAAACCAGAUAUUACCAGUGAAGUAAUAUCACCGGUUCCAACAAUUGAGGAUUCAGACAGUUUUGUUGGCAUUCCUGUGAUAGCAUUUAACAGUCCUGAAGCAAUGAACAGGGUUAAGAUGAUGUCAAAAAUAGUUGCGAAUCUAGAAUCCCAAAUUGGAUGUGAUUCUUCUACUGAAAAUGUAGCUGAAGUGUCUACAGAAACAAUUAUACCUCAAACUGUGAAAGAUGUGACUGUAAAGAAAUUUAGAAGUUUUGGUUCUGAUGCUUUUAGUGAAUCAGUAGGGACACAGGACAGUCCCAAAUCUUGCCAGAGGAAGAAACUGAUCGGUAUGAUUGUCUCCUCUUUAGAAGCUGAUGAUCAGCUGGAGCAUCAGUGUAUUGGAGGUGAUGAGCAGAUCAUGUCUGGCAUUACAAAGCUAGAUGGAGAUGACAAAGAUGCUCAGGAUAGUUACAACAAAGAUAAUGACAAGAUGAAGAAUUCAGUGGUUUGCAGUAAGGAAAAUAUAUUAACAGUCCAAGAAUCUGAAAGCACCCUGGCUUACGAAGAAGAUACAGAAAAUGAUGAACAUAAUCAGGGUAGUCACAGCAAAGAUAAUUAUUGCAGCCUGAAGAAUCUGGUGGUUGACAUGAAUAAAGAGAAUGUAUUAACAGUCCACAAUCAUAACAGCAACAUGGCUUGUGAAGAAACUGUUAAAAACAUUGAACAUAAUCAGGAUAGCCAUAUCAGAGAUCAUGAUAAUAUGAAGAAUCCAGUGACUGACAUGAGUAUGGGGAAUGUAUUAAUGGUUCAAGAGUCUGAGAGCUCUGCAGCAAAUGAAGAAACUUUAGAAAAUAUGGAACAGACUCAUAUGAUGGGUCAGAUUAUCAAAGUAAGUAGAGAAGAUUGCAUCAAAAUCAGUAGAUCUACUGAACCUUUAACAGAACCUGCAGAUAUGUCAUCAAAGGAUCUGAAUAACCAGACUGAAGUAUCAUUUGAAACAGGACAGAAUGGUAGUCUUGAUUCAAAGCAGUUAAUUAUUCAUCAAGGGAAGGGAGAGUGCAAGGCAGUAAAUCCUUUACUAGCAGCAAGCAAACAACACCUGCAGGAUUUUGUAUUGUCAAAGAAAUGUGAUCAAAAGAAGGUGUCAGUAAUGUCAUCAGAUGUAGGAGUUAAUUUUACAGAAGUACCCAAGAACUCACACUGCGAAACAUAUUCAACCAAGGGUACAUUUACAGGCGUUCAGCCUCAGGUAAUGAACACAGAGCCCAUGGAAAUAAAAACAAAAAACUGUCAUCAGACAGACAUUCAGUCACAACAUAAUAGUUCAAUUGAUCUUGUGAAUAACCACCCAAAUGAAAUCCACAUUCCUUUCAUAAAAUAUGGAAGACUAAAAUCUUUAAGAAAUUUCACAAAGUUUGUGCUUCUUGGUUCGUUAGCGCCAAGAAGAAAGAAUGCGUUUUCAGAAACAUUUCAAGCAUGUAGUUCAGUUGAUAGCAUAGGAGUGCAGUCUGGUGCAACAGGAAGAUCAUCAUCAGGGAUUUGCUAUGAAACUGGAACACAGACUAGUCCACAGUUUCUUAAUCCUUGUCACAGCUCAGAUGUAACUGAUGCCAAAAUUCAGAUCACUCCUAGAGAGAAUCCAAAGUUUGUCCAGCUUACUACUCCCACAAGAACAGAUACUCAAGAAGAUGGUGAAAAUUUUGUUCCUGAUAGUUGUGACAGCACAUAUUCUUUUCCAUGUGCUAUUCCAUUAUGUCAUCCUUCAACCAUACAGAAAACUCCAGUAGAUUCAAGCAAAUACGCUAAACCUGAACACUGUUUAAAAACGUGUGGAAUAAGUGAACCCCUCAGUGUUGACAGAAUGCUUGCAGUCAGUGACGUGAAAGAUCACGUCGCAGAGGAUGAUGUUGGUAUGGAUAGAACUUUAGUGUUCAGGAAUCAUGGUAGGUACAGUGAGCCAGCUUAUAAAGUGGAUCAUGAAAUAUCUAGUUCUCAGUUCAGCACAGCAACAACUAUUAAAAUUCAGCAUGUUAGGACAUCAGGUAAUGGAAGUCAGGUCCCAGAGAAGUCUCCAGAAUUAUCUUCAAAUUUGGCAAAACACUCUGGUCUGAGUAUAUCCAUUGUACAGGAAUCGAAUAAUGGAAAAAUACUUGAUAGUAUUGAAGAUCUGUAUGAUACUGAUACCAAUCAGGAAGCAGUAUCUGAUGUUCAAGAUCAUCAAGAUAGUAAUCCAAAUAAUGAGGAAAGAAAUACAGACUCACACCAAAAAACUGAAGUGAUUGAAUCAAAGAGAGAUGGUUCUACAGAGCACCUUAUACAAGACCUAAAUUCUAAACCAAGCAGAUAUAAGCCAAUUGACUGCAGUAAUACUUACGAAGAGAAGAGCAGGAAGAAAUCAAGAAAAGUAAGCAGACAACUUAAAUUUUCUCCAAAUGAUAUUCCGAAGCUGUCAAAUCCAUGUCUGGAUGUAAAUAUAGAAGACAGGGAAGGAGAUGUUGAGAAAUUACACAAGAAAUCAAAUAAGAGAAUCCGAGAGGCGGCCAUCUCUUUAGAUCUUGCACCUGAUGAUAGGGAAUUGAGUGACAUGUUAGAUUUAGAGCCCAGGGAAAUGAAGAAGCCAUGUCACACAUCACUUAGUAAAGCCUUAGGAGAAGGCAAAGAUAAUGAUGUGCUCCCAGAUAAUGAAUAUGCUGACACCUCCACAGAUGUUAUUAACCUCCUGACACCACCUGAAGAAGCUAAUGUCAGUCUGACUCCUCAGGUUGAUGACAAGUGGUUGGGAGAAGAUGUGCCUAAUUCAGAAGAACUAAUGGCGAGGUUAAUGGCAAAUAUUGAAGCUGAUCUGGUAGAAACAAGGAAGCGCAAGAUGAAAGGGGGCAAUGACAGUGAUAAGGAAAGGGGGAAAGAGUCACCUACAAUAUUUACACCACCACCAGUUAUUGCUGACUCAGAACCAGGCAGCAGGAUGACAUGUGAGCUGGUGGUGAGUAAAUCAGGAGCAGAGCCUAGAAGGAGGCGUGUGAAGGAGAGUUUCUUAGGCAAUACAACAAUUGACACUGACAGUGAAAGCCUUUGUACACAGCAAAGGAAUAAAAUCCAGGCUGAUAUUCACAAUCUGGAGGCUGAGAUAAAGGAAUGCAAGGCUGAACUGCAGAAAGUGACAGAGACUAGACCUGUACAUAAUACACAUCUUGAAACUGUGUGUGACAACAGUGAAAGUGAGUCAGAGGAUGAUUUUGUGGAGCCAACACAAAAAAAGGAAAUUACUGCAAACAGAACUUGGGAUAACAAACACAAAGAUGAUACCAAAGCAGAAAACAAAGAGGUGCAUCUGCAACAAGUAGACCAAGUCAAUCUUGCAACUCCAUUUUCAGCAGUGCAGAACACUGGGAAGAGAAGUGUACUGCAUAAUCCAGAUUCUAAUUGCAUUUUACCUACCAGAAGUCCUUCUGUUAUUAAUUCUAUGGAAAUCCAGCGUAAAGAAACUAGCCCACCUAAAUACCAGACUGCUGUUAAGACUGAUGUCAAAUCUCAUAUGACAUGUCCAACAUCUAAGCAAUUUGUUCUUCGACUUCCACAAGUAAAUACACCAUCAACUUCACCCAUGAUGAGAAGAGAUAAAGAUACAACACCAGGUAUAUUAAAUAAAUCGUCAGUCGCAGCAAAGAGCAGCAACAUAGCAGCAGAUGUCUAUAAGCACAUACUGCCUCAGUCAUCACUCCAAGUAUCAACUCUCAAACCACCUCCUAGAAAACUCUCUUUUGUGUGUAGUGGUUUGCACACAGGGUUAAUUGCCAGAGUGAAGGCAUUAUCAAAAUUGUUGGGAGCAGAAUUCUCGAAUAAAUUUGAGUCGCAUACAACACACCUUGUAGUGAAGGCCUCUGAUACCAUGAUGGCAGAUAAAACACUAAAGUACCUGCUUGCAUUAGUCAAGAAGAAGUGGAUUGUAUCUGUUGCUUGGGUGAAUGCUUGCCUUCAAGCAAGGAAGCUAGUACCAGAGGAUGAAUAUGAAAUGCUUGAUUCCUCUGGUGAAAAUGGACCACAUCGAUCCCGUACAACAUCUGAGCUUCUGUACAGAAAUUUUGAAUUUUGCUGCAUUGAACCUUUCACAGAUCUCAGUAGAGACCAGCUAGAGGAAAUUUUGAAAGAAUGUGGAGCAGUAACCGUGAGUCAUCCUGGAGAGUUCUCAUUCAAAGCUGGACAUUAUUGUAUGAUUAUUGUCCAUAUGGAAGCAAAGAGAGAAGAGUGCAAGGAAUGGUGGGAGCGCUAUGGGGUACUCCCUGUUGGACAUGAAUGGGUGUUUGAAUGCAUUGGCAGAUACCGAAUAAUCCCUAUCUGGUCCUUCUUAACUUGUGCUGUCACUGAAGAUCAAGUGAGAACUCUAGGAUAUCCUGAAGAGGCUCUCAUUAGUGACGAUGAUGAUGAUGAUGAUGAAACUGCAGUGGAAUCACAAAUUUGAAGGAGGGAGAGAAACCACAUCCCGCCAAC